AUGACAAAAACUUCUGCAAAGGACUUCUACCACUUAUUUUCACAAGAAACUAAAGACCGUAAAGUUUCACCAUUGAAGACUUUCAUCAAAUACUUUGGUGAUCCAAAUAUGGUCUUCCUUGGUGGUGGUCUACCACUCUCAGACUACUUCCCUUGGGAUAACAUCAAAGUUGAUAUCCCAGUGCCACCCUUCACCAAAGGUAUCGGUCAACCAAUUAACAAAAACGCCACAGAAAUCACUACUUUGGAUUUGUAUAAAGAAAAAAAAGUUGCAGAUGGUGAUAUCCCACUAGCUAGAUCUUUGCAAUAUGGUCAUUCUCAAGGUCAACCGGAAUUAUUGAAAUUUAUUAGAGAACAUACCGAAAUCAUUCAUACUAUGCAAUAUGAUGACUGGGAAUUAUUAGUCACCGCUGGUAAUACAAGUGCUUGGGAAUCUACCCUAAGAAUUUUCUGUAACAGAGGAGAUACAAUCUUAGCAGAAGCCCAUUCAUUCUCUUCCUCAUUAUCCGCAGCACAAGCUCAAGGUAUCAUCACUUUCCCUGUUCCAAUUGAUGAUAAAGGUAUCAUACCUGAAAAAUUGGCUGCGAUCAUGGAUAAUUGGAAUCCUGAAACACCAAAACCAAAAUUAUUAUACACCAUCCCAACUGGUCAAAACCCAACUGGUAGCUCGUUAGAUGCUGAAAGAAAGUCACAAGUCUAUAAAAUUGCUCAAAAACAUGAUUUCUUAAUCGUGGAAGAUGAACCAUACUAUUUCUUGCAAAUGGAAGAUUACGUAAAGGAUCCAUCUCUGAGAAAAGAAGUCAAAUUGUCUCAUGAUGAAUUCCUAGCCUCUUUAGACCAAACCUUUUUAUCCAUUGAUACGGAUGGAAGGGUCAUUAGAAUGGAUUCAUUCUCAAAGGUUCUUGCUCCUGGUUCAAGAUUGGGUUGGAUCACUUGUUCGAACCAAAUAAUGAAAGCUUAUUUGGCCUUGUACGAAAUGUCCAUGCAAGCAGCUGCUGGUUUCACCCAAUCGAUUGUUUCCGCUACUUUGAGUAAAUGGGGUCAACAUGGUUACCUGGAUUGGUUAUUAGGUCUUCGUCAUGAAUAUACUUUGAAACGUGAUAAUGCCAUUGAUGCAUGCUACAAGUACAUCCCACAAACUGAUGCUUUCCAUAUCAACCCUCCAGUGGCAGGAAUGUUCUUCACCAUAACAUUUGAUGGUGCAAAACAUCCAGAAUUCACUACCAAAUUUAAGUCUGAUCCUCUUUUAUUAGAAUCAUAUUUGUACGAAAAAGCCGUAGAAAGCGGUGUUAUUAUUGCACCUGGGUCUUGGUUCAUUACUGAUGGUGAAACUAUUCCACCACAGCCAAAGGAAUCUAAAGAAUCUAAUAAUCCAAAUUCUGUGUUUUUUAGAGGUACAUUUGCCGCCGUUGCAGCUGAUAAGUUGAAUGAAAGUUUGAAAAGAUUUGGUCAAGUCUUACAUGAUGAAUUCAAAGUAUAG